GGCUAUUUAUAUAAAAAUGCAGCGCACUACUACUGUUCUAGAAGAAUUCCAGACCUUCUGGAAUAGAAUGGAUCAGAUUUGGAAACCUUUCAAAUUGCGUUUCGGUUCGCACUCUCCGCAGAAGGAACGUCUGCCUUCGUCCGGAAUAAAUGUAUCAAAAGGGGAUUUCGGAGGUGACGGACAAAAAGGUUUAAAUAAGGAAGUUGAAGGAACAUCAUCCUACAUAUUAAGUCUAGAAAAUAACUCAGUCAAGCGUCAAAUUAAUGAGGAGAAGAAAAAUAUUGAUUUAUUGCAAUUAGAAAAUGAAAAAAUUAACGCUCAAGUUAUUCAAACCAAUGAGGAGUUUGUUCGUGUACAGCAAAAUAUCUUAAAUGCUAGUGAAAUUGAUGAACAAUUAAAAGUUUAUGUCGCUUCUACGAAAAACAAAUCUAUAUAUAUUCAAGAAAGCUUUCGAGAAAAAUUUAACAAAAUUUUGGAUGAGAAGACUGCAAUUGAGAGUUCUAUUAAUACAAAAGCUUUAUAUUUAGAAGGAUUGAGAAAAAAAAUUAAUGAUUUUAAGUCUCAAUGUGGUAGCACUGAUAAAAAAGACGAAAAUUUACUGCUUAAGUCAGAAUGUGUUGAUAAACGUGAAUAUUCAAUUAAACUAAAAAAACUUGUUGAAAAUCUUAAAAGAAAUUGUGAAACAAAUAUAGAGAUAUUACCAUUGACAACGGAAUUAGCGGAAAAGAAAGAAAAAAUAAUUGAGCUUAGUAACGAUAUUAAUACUACAACUGUUGAAAAAACUAAAAAGAUUAAUGAGGUGAAUGAGAAUUUGGUGGACAUUACAAACAGAAUUGAUUCCACAAAAGAACGUAUUGCAGCAAUUAAUUUAAAAUUAACCGAAAAUUCUGAAAUAAAAAAGGAACUUCAAAAAAAAUUAGAGAUAAACCAGCAAGCACUCUUGAAAAAUGAAAUUGAAAUAAACAAAUUAGAAGAUGAGAAAAUAGAAAAGGAGAAUAAAUUAUUUGAAUUAUCUGAACAACAUACAUCCAAAAUAAAUGUAUUGAAAUAUGACUUAUAUAUUUUAGAAAAUGAAGUAUGUACAUUAAAAGAGGAAAAUAACAACAAGGUUAAAGCAGUAAGUCUAAACAAUUUCUUUGCACAAUAUUUUGAGAAAAUGGCGGAAAAAAAUGUUCUAAAUGAUAAAAAAGUUGCUCUAGAAAAGAUUCAAUUACUGGAAACAGAAAUAAACACAGAAGAAACUAAUAUAAAAAACGCUGAAAUAGAAUUGGAGAAAAUAACCGAUAAUCCACUUUUGGUUGAUUUGACAAAGAAAAAAGACUUUUUAGAUGCUUGCAAAAUUUAUUUUUCUAAUCAAAUGGAAAACAUAAAAAAACAACACUCAGAAGUAAAACAUCGCGUUCAGGAAGCGACAGGAGAUGUCAAUCGAUUAACAAAAUCUAUUGAAGAAAAGAAAACUGAGAAAAAUCGGUAUAGAACACUCAAAAGAAAGCAUUCAAAAAAAGAUAAAAUAAAUUCUACAUUAGUAUCAGUUUCUUCCUCCACACAAGAUAUUGAAAAAGAUUUUAAUUUACCUACGAGUAUUCUCAAGAAAAAACCUCAAUUCACCACUCCAUUUUCACCAAAGAAAGUUCAGUUUGCUAACCUGUCAUCGACAGAAUCAAGUGGUUUAACUAGAACCAUAGAAGAGGUUACAGAUCUCGAUAAAGUGCUGGAGAAUUUUCGAAAAAUGCCAAAACAACAAUCUUCAAAACAGGAACUGAAUAAGAGAGUUUUUUUCGACUAGACAAAUGUAUAAAAUUUUAUAAAGGCCGCUGAGCGCUAUGGGAUUGAAUCAAAGAUAACCAGGAUUUUUUUUAUUAAAGCAUAAAACUACAACAUAUUUUGAGAUAGGUUUCAAGUUAAUAUCAUCUUUUAAGUGAAGCACUAACUUUUAUCAAGAAUACAUUUUUCUCAAAAAACAAUAAUUAAAAAGUGUUCCAUAUAAUGCAAACUUUAAGAGACUGUGUAUUCAUGAAUAUAUUAUCUCAUUAGGCAUGUUAAUUGCCGUAAUUAAGACAUAAAAGUAGUGUUCUCUUAAUAAGAAAUGAAUUUGAUUUUAGUUUUUAUAGUAAAAUUACGAAUUUCUUUAAAUAUUGUUACAAUGUUAGUGUUACUUUUAAUGUCAAACAAAAAUAAAUAGAAAAUUGUUUUACAUUGUUUAAUACUUUUAAUUUAAAAACCAAUUAAAGCAUAUUGAGUGAAAUCCUUGUAUAUCCAAAAUAGGAAAUUUUAAGGAAGACAGUUAAAACGGCUCUGUUAAAUUAUACAAAAUGGAAGUGUGUUUUACAUGCACGUAGCACCGCUCUCGAUACAGAACUGCCAUAUUUAGUCAUAUAAUGGCUUUCAAGAUAUUUACUAGAAUUAGGGUUGCCAUAUUUACGAAAGUGAAAAGCG